AUGGUGCCAGAGGUGCCAGGUGAGACACUCAAGCAGAGCUGCCUUGAGAAAGAAGUAGCCGGUGCUCCAAUCAGAAUAAGGGGACGCUGUCACGAUGGCCUUCUGCGGACACCUUUCUUCUCCCAGCCCUCUGGAGUACAGACUUUGUCACUUCAGAGCCUGGCAAGUAAUCAACUAAUUCAUUGCAGAAACCAUAUUUGGGAGUUCAAGGAAAAUAUGCUACGUUUAAAAAACAAAAGUGAAAAUAAUCACCAAAAUCUAAUGCAAGUCUUAGAUCAAGUGAAGCAUAAAACCACGCACUCAGAAAAAUCAUCAGAAGGGACAUUCCUUUCUCUUCCAGUGAACACACUGAGUGAGGAGGAAGCGCUUCCUAGCAUCUUUGACUGCUUAAGAUUCUUCCUUCCUCAUCUAAGGACGGCAGGAAAAGUUUACCCAGAUAUAGCCAUCGGCAAAGGGAGAGCAGGAGUUUCUUUCGCACUGGGGAUUACCACCAUUGACAGAGGGAACUACACCUACCUGAAGCAAACGCUGACCUCUGUCCUCUCCAGAAUGACACCUGCAGAAGAGAAGGACUCAGUGGUGAUUGUCUCUGUUCCAGAUACUGAUGAAGGUUAUUUGAAGUCUGUUAUCGACAUGGUUAAAACCAAAUUCAAAAGGCAAGUGCAGUCUGGAUCCUUAGAGGUCAUUUCGAUCCCCACCUUUUUUUAUCCGAGUGUGUUGCUGGAGAAGAAAACAUACAAGGUACAGGAAAGUUGGCAAAUAAAACAAGUAUUGGACUUUUGUAUUUUGAUGCUGUACGCCCAGCCCAAGGCCACAUAUUAUUUACAGCUAGAAGAUGAUAUCAUAGCAAAACAGAAGUAUUUUACACAAAUAAGACAGUUUGUAAAUAGUCUCGCUUCAAAAAAAUGGUUUUAUAUUGAAUUUUCAGCAGUUGGAUUUAUAGGAAAACUCUUUCGAUCAAAGGACCUGACUGACUUUGUACAUUUUUUCUUGAUGUUCCACAAAGUGAAGCCCAUAGAUAUGCUUUUAGACGACGUUUUCCUGGUGAAGCUGUGCAACUGGGGAGAGCCUCUCAAAGCCUGUCUCAAGCGCAAGAGGGAAGUGAAAAUUCAGUACAGACCGUCUCUGUUCCAGCACGUGGGCACUCACUCAUCGCUCCCCGGACGGAUGCAGUACCUCAAGGGCGGCCGCGCGGCGGAUGGGUCCCGAGCGGCGGUUGAGCUGGCGGCUCGCGCCCCGGGACCGCCACAGCAUCCUCCGGCGCGGCCGCUCGCGCACGCGCAGUUAGCAGUCGCUGCUGGGCGGCUGCCGGCGGGAUCGGUCUGGGGAGACGCCGGGGACCGAGUAGCGGCCAGUCGGACACCUGAGCUGCCGCUGCUGGACACAAACCCGCAGGACAGGUGUGUGGACCGCGGGCAGCUUGUUCUCUGGGGCCGCGGUGAGGAAUCGGGUCCGGAUGCCGGGCAGCGCUCUGUUCUGAGACUGGAUGGCUCAGCAGGGUGCGGCCAGGUGAGGCUGUAG